AUGGCGUCCAACCUAGUCCCCGACUACGAGAUCAAACUCCUUCUGAAGCCCUCAGAAGUGCUCGGAUCAGACAACAAACUCAAAGAUGCGGUUCUAUCAGCGUUCUCCAUCCCGUCGAGCACCAAGAAAAUGAACAUCCAAUUCGUGGACACCAAGAACCAAGACAUCUACACCAACGGCUGGAGCCUUCGGAUCCGCAAGACAGAAGGCGCAAACAAGUUCGAGUUAACGUACAAGAAGCGCUAUCCGAUCGGCGGCGGAUACUCUGGUACCGCUGAAGGCAACAUCGAUGCAGCGCUCAAGACGGCCGAGCAAGAGGGUCUCGAUUCGACGACUACCUUCGAAGCGCAGGUUGAAGUGGGGUACCAGAAGCAGACCCUCUCUAUCAGCCACGAUGAGAAAGUCUCCGACACGGGUUUCGAAGGAAUGGACCUUCCCCUUGCGGAGGAUUCGCGGAUGUUCCUCGCCAACAAAGCACCCGAAAAAUUCAAGAAUUGGUCAGCGGACAACUGGGGUGCUAACCAUCUCGCUAAGUCCAUAAUUUACGGGCCGGUACUCGCGAAGCGGUCGAAAGGGACCUUGGAUGAGCUCCAGCUUUCCAUUGAAGUGUGGCCGAUUCGGAAGAGCAAGACGGAUGCGAGCCUUGAACCAAUCGUCGAGGCGUCGUUCAAGACGCCUGACUUUGAGAAGGCGCUGGAGGGGCGCGCCAAGCUCAUGGAGUUUUUGCAGAAUAGAGGCUGGUUCCUGGCUGAGGAUUCCUUGAGGACGAAGCUUAUCAUGGAAAGGUACGGAGAGAUCACUCCGCAUGUUUGA